AUGGAGCAGGAGAUCGAGAGGUGGAUCAGUGCAGCGUCUGCAGUGAUGCGCACUCGAUUUACUGGACCCCGCCGUGACGUUGUCCUCUGUGUCUCUGCAGGCGCUCCAGGUGUCGUCCAGCCCUUCAGCCACCUGAGCUUCAACCUGUGUAAGUGGUGCGAGGUUUCCAGCCCGGUCUGCAAAGACAGCGUCUGCUUCACUAACUGCAACCUGUCGUCUUUCUGCAACGCCAUCGACGAGAUCUGCGUCGCCAUGUGGAGGAAACACAACGACACGAUGACCGUGCACACCAUGUGUCACAACCCCACGCUGCCGCUGGACGGCGUGGACGCCGGCCUGCUGCUGAACUUCACCUCCAGAGAGUGUCACAUGAUCCCGCAGCCCGCCGCCGACGGAGCCAUGAUGGUCUGCGGCUGCCACGGAGAGCACGAGUGCAACGACAAGCUCAUCUUCGACAAAGGCGCCAACGGAUUCUCGAAGCUGCAGAGUAAAGACGUGGUCCCCGUGGUCGUGGUGAGUCUCGUGCCUCCCGUCCUGGUCGCCAUCGUCGCCACCGCCGCCUUCUACUUUUACCGCACGCACCGUCCUGACAAACCGGGCCCCCCUGCUCGACCCGCCUGGCCCGCCAAACGUACGCAGGAGCUCUACCAGGCCUUCGACCUGCCCUGUGGGGGGGUGGGAGGGAGGGGGGAAGGCAGGGGAGGAGGCGGUCCCGAGAGGGCGGGGUGCAACGCCAAGGGGCCGUCCCCCAGCAGUGACGUCAUCAGUGACAUAACGGAGUGGCCUAGCCGGCGGGCCGAGCCGCUGCCCAUCAAGCUGGAGGUGCUGGUGGGGAAGGGGCGCUUCGCCGAGGUUUGGCGAGCGUGCCUGCUGCAGGGCGAGAGGGGCGGGGCUAACAGCUGCGAGACGGUGGCGGUGAAGGUGUUUCCAGCGGUGGAGUACGCCUCCUGGAGGAACGAGUGCUCCAUCUUCUCCGACCCGAUGCUGGAGCACGACAACGUGGUUCGGUUCCUGGCGGCAGAGGAACGGGGCCCGCCAGGCCACGCCCACAGGAAGUACUGGCUGGUCCUGGCCUAUCACAGCCUCGGGAACCUGCAGGACUUCCUGACGGCGAACACGCUGAGCUGGGAGGAGCUUGUUUCAAUGGCGGGAAGCAUCGCUUGCGGGUUGGCUUAUCUGCACAGUGACACCACGCCCAGCGGCGCCCCGAAGGUGCCGGUGGCCCAUCGGGACCUGAAGAGCAGCAACAUCGUGAUGAAGAGCAGGACGGAGUGCGCUCUGUGUGACUUCGGUCUGGCGUUGAGACUGGACCUCUCGCUCACUGUGGACGACUACGCCAACAGUGGACAGGUGGGGACGGCUCGCUACAUGGCUCCUGAGGUCCUUGAGUCCAGGGUGAACCUGGAGGACCUGGAGGCCUUCAAACAGAUGGACGUGUACUCCAUGGCUCUGGUCCACUGGGAGAUGGCGUCCCGCUGCAACGCCAUCGGAGAGGUGAAGAGCUAUGAGCCGGCGUUCGGCUCAAAGGUGUGUGAGCAGCCCUGCGUGGACAGCAUGAGAGACCUGGUGCUGAGGGACCGAGGACGGCCGGACAUCCCGUCAGCGUGGACGCAGCACCAGGGGAUGAGCGUCUUCUGCUCCACCAUCACUGAGUGCUGGGAUCACGACCCCGAGGCCCGCCUCACGGCGCACUGCGUGGUGGAGCGCUUCAACGCCCUGCAGCGCGAGGAGGACGAGGAGCGGGAGGAGGUGCAGGAGGAGCCGAGGACACACGCUGACAGAGAGGAGGACGGACACAGAGAAAAGGACUCAGAGACAGCAGACGAUGACCAGAGUCCGUCCUCGUCCUCGUCGCCCUCCCUCCGGGUUCCUCAGCCGGACUCAGAGGGAGGCGGCUCAGAGGUUUCCCACGAUUCCCUGGGUCACCGUGCGUCUGCGGUGUGAGCGGUGGACGUCUUCGUCUCACGCUGCGAGUCGUCCGUCCUCCCGCUGCCGGCUGCGUCCACACUGUCUGUCAUCUGUUGGACUGACUGAAACUCUGAUUCAGGGACACAAACCUGCUUUACCCGGGGGACAUUCUCAGGAUUUUAGGACGUUUCUAGAAUCUAUUUUCUUGGACAUUAGGACACAAAAAAGUAUUUCCAGUGUUGCACAAAGACGAUUGAUCUCUGAUCAUUUGUGGUCGUCACAGGUUUACGUUCGCAGUCUGAGGUUCAGGUGCCGUCAGCGUAAACGCCUAAAUCCUGAUCAGAUUCAAGUCUGUGAUUAACACACUUUUUUUUAAAAUCGCGUUGAUCGCCGGCGGGAUUGACACAACAUGAGGUCAUAAUUACUUUAACCCUUUGAAGGCUGGGUUAAUAACAUGGGAGGAAGGCAAUGAGAAAAAAACAAGAAAUUAGUAAAAAGUACAAAAAAAGGGAAUGUGAAAAAAACAUGACAAAAGUUAAUAAUUCUCUGAAAUAAUGUCAAAUGUAAUUAUGAUGAUAAUAAAUCUAGUUUAGUUUUGGGCACCUGGUGGCUCAGUGGGUAGAGCAGCACCC